AUGGCAGAUUUACCUAGUGCUCAAGUUCAACCUGUACCCGCAUUCUUAAAGACUGGAGUAGAUUAUGCCGGUCCAUUUUUAGUUAAGUUAUCUAGGUCUAGAGGUAGAAGUACUACCAAAGGUUACGUAGCCAUUUUCACUUGUAUGUGUACCAGGGCUGUUCAUUUAGAAAUAGUAGAAGAUUAUAGUUCUGACGCCUUUAUUGCUGCCUUCCAGCGUUUCAUUUCUCGUCGAGGCCAUUGCUCUGAUCUGUAUAGUGAUCGUGGUACUAAUUUUGUGGGUGCUGAUAUUGAAUUGCGUAGAAGGUGGUACGAAUUUAAGGAGUCUAAAUCUUUUCAGUAUCUAAUGAGUUCCUUGAAAACUCAAUGGCAUUUUACCCGUUGCUCCGAAUUUUGGUGGAGUCUGGGAAUCAGUUGUAAAGUUGAUGAAGCAUCAUCUUCGGCGAGUAGUUGGUAA